GUAGUUUAACGUAAACGUUACAUCGUUAAAAUUUAUUUCGUGCUAAUUUGCUCAUAAUCAUAUCCAACGUGAGAAAGUAUGUAAUCACCAGUCGAUAUCCCCUUUUCCAAUAUGAUGACAAUGAUGAUUCUGUACAUGUGAUAUCUCUGUGAACACUGUGAAUUCUCUUUUAUUUUUUCUUCUGUCGUCGUUAUUUGCUUACAUCUUCAUUCGAAAUCACUGAAAUGCCAAUAUUUAAUCCUAAAACAGUGACUAAUUUUUUAACUUAUGAAAAAGAAGAAAAAGUUGGCUUCUUAUGGAAAAAACGUUCAGAACAGAAAAAAGCUUAUAAAAGAAGAUAUUUUAUCCUGUGUGGAAAUAUUCUAGCCUAUUUUGAUAAAAAGUUGGAUAAAGAACCAUUGGGAAUAAUAUUUUUAGACUGUCAUAUUGUUGAAAUGUUGGAUGAUUUAAAAAUGGCUAUCCGUUUCAGAGGCCCAGGGGAAUUAUGCCGUAGUUAUAUUUUAAAGGGUGAAACAGCUGAAGAGAUUGAGGAUUGGAUGCGUGCUAUCAGUAGAUGUAGUAUUGAAUAUAUCACAUUAACAUUGGAAGACUUAGAAGAUCAUUAUAAAGCGUUGAGUACAGUAAAACAACAAUCCUCAUCUAUUAAUAAUAAAUCUCCAUCUCUUGGUAGUAACAAUAAUUCACCUUUUUCAUUAUCUAAAACAUCAUCAAUUUUUUCAAAACGACGUUCAAAUCCUUUUAAUAAUAGAAGUAAUAGUACAAGUACAAGUAUAAGUAGUACAACUAAUCAUCCGAUCAUUUGUGAUGCCCCAUCUACUCCUCUGACAAAUAAUAUUAAUCAAUCAGGUAAACAAUUAGCCAAGGUGAAUUCAUCACAGAAUAAUUCUUUAUUAAAUCAAUCUAAAAAGUCACCACCUCCACCUGCUCCACCCCCUCCAUCACCAUCACAACCACCAGCAGCACCACAACCACCCUCUCUGACACAUACUCAAUGGUUAUUAACACAGAAUUGGGAACAGCUGAAUGCUUCAUUGAAAGCAGAAUUUCUUAAAUCUGAUAAUAAUAAUGAAAACCAAACAAGUGAUUCAAAAACAACAAUAACAGCAACAACACAAUAACUGACCAUGACCUUCGCCUACAGUUUCAACUGCCUUCUUCUCUUUUUGCCUUUGUGAUAUAUUUCUGCCUUACGUGUCAGUUUGCAUUGCCACACCUCGCUUCGCUUUAUUAAAUGAUAAUUUUUUAUGUAAAUACCUAUUGAAUUUCAUUUAUUCUCUGAUUGAGUUGAAAUUUCAAUCGACGAACGUUUCAGUGUCAAGUUAGACCACAUCUUCAAUGCUGAUGGUAGUGAUUGAUAUCCAUAUCACCCCCCUACUUCUCUUCUCUUUCCGGAUUUGUUUUCUACAUAAACUGUUUUCUCUCUCUAUCUCUCUCUCACUAGUAUUGUUUGUUUAAAAUGCUCAAAUGAAUAAAUAAAUGAUGUGCGCCUUAUUCAAAUAUUGCAUACAAUAAGAAGUAUUGAUUAAUCGAUUGUUGUUAUUUUUGAACAACAGUAAAACACAGUUGAUUGGUUGGUUGGUUAGUUGGUUCACUUCUACUUCGUUUAUUAUUUUUAUCUGUACCGAAUAAUUUCAAGUAAUUGACCGACAUUGUUAAUAAUUACUCAUAAAAGAAAUUUUUUUUAAAAAAAAUAGACAAUUGACUGUAACACUUUUAUUCUUUUUACUUGUACUUUGAUUGUUUAUAUUAAG